AUGGAGUUGAGACCGUAUCCGAUGUCGCCGUAUGGUGCGUCGAAAGCCUUUGGGAAUUAUUUCGUGAGGAAGAUUCAUUUUGAGAAUGAGGAAUUGGUGGCGUUUGCGAUGGAUCCAGGAUUCGUUCAAACAGAUAUGGGAAAUGCUGGAGCCAGAGCUGUAGGCAUGGAGAAAGCUUUUACGCCGACUGAUGAGUGUGCUGCUGGCUUUGUGAAGCAGAUCGAUGAGGCUACCAGGGAGAAGACUGGAGGUCACUUCGCUGGCUGGAACGGAGAGGACUUUCCAUUUUAA